ACCAGUGCGAGCAUUCCGACGCUAGGGUUCUACCGCGGUGCCGCCGCAUCGUCGCCCGCGACCGUCCCCGCCGCUAGAGAUGGACGCCGCGGCGGCGGUCGCGGCGAAGGUAUGCGUCCUCGAGGCCGAGCUCGCCGCCACGUCCCCCCGCAUUGCCGACCUGGAGGCCCGGGUCUCGCUCCUCGAAGCAGAGAACGCGCGCUGGUGGAAGGCCAUGCCCCGUGGGGAGGUCUCUGGUCCAUUGGUGGAGGGUUUGGGCGGCCCCAAGCCAAAAACAGUCCAGGCGUAUGGUUCUUUUAACGAGGUCGGUGACGGCGAGGAAGAGGGGGUUGCCGCUGAUGCCGGCAACGGGAGGAGCGGCGAGAAGGAUGGUGUUCCCGCGGUGCCGACCCCUAGGAAGCGUGUGGUGCGGGCGGUUACCGGUGGGAGCAAGGAUGGUGAAUUGCAGGUGGGGGUGUCGGGUGCUCCACCCAGUAGGAAGCGUGCACUGCUUAGAAGAAUUGACGGUGAUGAGAAGGAUGACGAGACAGAAGGGCGCCCUGCACCCACCAUAAGGCGCUCGACUCGCUUAGCUGAAAAACAGUCGAAGAAAGCACGAGUCGAACCCAAUGAUCAUGAAGAGAGAGAGGAUGGUUCAGGACAAGAUGGUGGUAUGGGUGAAUCUAAAAAUGAUGCAGAUUGUUCAGAAGAUUCUGACAGCGAGCAGGAGAUGGAUUACACCUUGCUGAAGGAUGUGACCCUGGCGUCAAACAACCGGGUGAGGAUUCGAGUCAGAAUAACGCGCAUUUCACAUUACAUGAGCAAGCAUCAACUAACAGGAAUUCCGCGGCUUGAUUUUGUGAUGCUCGAUGAGCAGGGGGAUAUGAUGGCCGGCCAAGUACCUGCGUGGCUUGCACAGCUCUUUUUGUCACGCAUCAAGGAGGAUGAUGUGUAUUACAUACACCACUUUAAGGUUGUCCACCCUAGUCUGCCCUAUAGGGCUGUUGAUCAUCCUUGCAUGGCAAUGUUCACGAGGGACACAGAGAUAAGCAAGGAUGAACAUGUGCCUGAUAGUUUUCCGGUGUAUGCAUACAAGAUAUCUCCUUAUGAAGUCCUCCGAUCGCGUGAAAACAACACAGCGCUAAUGUCUGAUGCCAUUGGUCUUAUGCUGGAAGUUUCAAAUGUGAAAACUGUUACUGUCAAUGGUGCACCUCGGGCAGUACGUAACGUGUACAUAAGCGAUGGCAGAGAGACGGCUGUUGUUGCUUUGUGGGAGGCACAUGCAAAUCAAUUCCCAGCCGAGACUCUGCAGCAGCAGAUGCAGCAAAGACCAGUUGUCAUUCUCUUUGUUGCCGUGACUGUCAAGCUGUGUGAAGGCCAACUGUGUUUGCAAGGAAGCAAAGUCUGUAGGUGGUAUCCCAAUGCUCCUAUUCCAGAAGUUUUAGCUUUGCAGAACAGUUCUGCUGGAGUUUCACAUGAGGCCAGAUUGGUUGACACAUCACCAACACAGACCCAGACGGGGUCGUGCAUAGCAGGGCUUUCUUCUGGAUGAUGAUGCUUUUGGACCGCUUAAGAAGAAGACUGUUCAUGAUAUGGAGACGCGCUCCCCGUGGUUGUUUGCGAUAUACAGUAGUAUGAGAACAAGGAGGACCCCUACUUUCCAAGUUUCCAUGGCUCGUGGUGUUGGUUAUAUUUUGACCUCUGUGACCCUUUGUACCUCCCCAAUCAGUCAGUCUUUUGUAGAUAUAUGGGCUUGGUUUCGUGUCUUCUCGAGUAGCACGUAGUUAGGGGAAUGCAGCCAUCCUAUGUUCAUAUCACUACCUAGGAUGCUCCCUGUAAAUCUGUAAUAUCCCCCGCAUAGUACUACAUGUAUCCUCGAGGUGCUCUUGGCCACUUUUUGUGUGUUGUUCGACGUCUUUGUUCAUGGAGUCAGAAUGGCAUGCCU